ACCUAGUAUCGGACUUUCUGACCACAACAGUAACCUUAACAAGCUAACCAUUAAGCCACAAGAUAAACUGAAAACUCAUCCUAGAUCAGCAUGGGUAACCGAUUGAACAUUAGGCUAUAGGCUCCUCCUCCUCCUGCUCACAUGGUUGAAUAACCGGAAUACAUCAACAGAGUGUAAGUGAAAUUCAUUCUACUGUUUACACCAGCAGCUUCUGCAGGUAGGCUGUGCUACAAUUUAUGUAAUUUGUAUAUUUGUCUCAUAAUGUAGAUGUACCUACGCACUUAAUUAAAACGAGUUUUGACUUUAAUACGUAGUCAGAAAGAUUCUUUCAUGGGCGUUGCACCCAGCCAGCGAGCUAAAACGAGAGUUGUGUUUUGUCCAAGGUCCUAUUUCACAAAAUCAAAUGUUACAUAAUUUCGAGAAAACCCUUAAGUGUAGAUAACCAGUUGGCUGCAGUAGCAAUGGUAAAUAUUAUCACCCGCAACGUUCACUGUACACACUUCCCUUUUUCCUCGAUAAAUUUAUCAACAUUUUGCCAAAUCGCAGUUUAACUAGAUCAGGUCUCAUCGCGGUAGGGUGGUAUAAAGCUAUUAUUUAUGUCGUAUAAUUAUUCCGUAAACAAACGCCUACAAGUUACAACAAUAUGAUUGAUGUAAGAUUUGGUUCCCAUGAGCUCACCAGCAUGUGAGUUGUGUCGUUGUUUACUGUUUACUCUUUCCUACGCGACCUUACAAUGUGGUAGCAAAUCCUUUCCAGCUAUCUGACCAAUGCAUUCUACUACGGAUUAUCCCAUCAGCAAGAUCAUGCAAGACGAAGUGAAUAAUAGAACAAAUGUAUCUUCUCAAAGAUCUGUCUUCCAGUUAAUUUCCUCCCAGAGCAGUCUAGACCCUUGCCUUGGAUAACAGCUUCAACCGGUAAGUGUAGCGUUGGGCGGAGCUAAAGCGUAUGGUUGGAGCUUCCACGGUAGCGCAGGCCUCGGGCGGUGCGUGUGUCGUAGGUAGCUACUGUCAUCAUUGUGUAAUCAAGAUUCCUAACAAGCUAAACUGUUCAGUCCCCCCGCAAAGCCUGCCACUUGCGUAGCCUUGCCACAAAACGCCAGCUUCCACAUCCGAACACACUAAUUCCAUACUGAAAUGCACAUUUCACGGUGAUGUGUGAUUGGCUGGCUAUCAGCCAAUAGUGGUUUUCCUAGGGACCUGAAAGGCUAGACGAUCAUGUUUACAGAACAAGUUAACAAACAUGCCACUAAUGUCUUACAGUGGUUUGUGUAACACCAGACAUGCAUGACUUUGCAUAUAUGACUUUGUAUGACUAUAUAUAUGUAUUUUUUUUUAUUCUGCCAGUAACUGGUAGGAUAGCAAAUGAAUAAGAGUGAUGGGGAGUAUGGGGAAACCCAAUGGUAAUAUCAGGUAUGGUCAUUUUAAAAAGUCUAAUAUGUAAUAAUUGCCCCAGAAUUUUUCUUAAUAGAUGAACAUUUUUUACCGUGGUGAAAUAUUCCUUAUCCAUUAGGAUAUGUUCAGAUGCAUGUUCCAGUUGAGCUCACCUGCUGUAUUCUUCAUCUAGAGUCCCGUGGCUACCUCCCGCCUCAACAUGAGUGCCCAGGCAGACAGAGUGAUGGCCCUCAGCGAAUGGGAGGAGAGGUGGCAGGAGGGGAGAAUUGGCUUCCAUCAGCCGUGUGUACACAAGAUGCUGGAAAGGAACAUUGACAAAGUCCUGUGUGGACGAGAGAGAGUUCGAUUUUUCUUCCCUCUCUGUGGGAAAGCUGUGGACAUGAAAUGGUUGGCAGACAUGGGCCACUCUGUGGUUGGAGUGGAGAUAUCCGAGAAGGGGAUCAAAGAGUUCUUUGAGGAGCAGAACCUGAGUUAUACUGAGGAAGCCGUGCCAGACAUACCUGAAGCCCGGCUAUUCAAGAGCUCUGAUGGAAAGAUAUCAUUGUAUCAGUGUGACCUAUUUAAAUUCUCCAGCACGGUUGCUGGCCAGUUUGGGGGGAUCUGGGACCGGGGAUCCUUGGUGGCUAUCAACCCCUGUGACAGACAGAGGUAUGCCAGCCUAAUCAUUUCUUUAAUGGACAAGGAUUGUCGAUAUCUCUUGGACACUUUUCUGUACAAUCCAGAGUUGUAUAAAGGUCCACCAUUUUUUGUGCCUGACGAGGAUGUAAAAAACCUUUUUGAUGCUUUUGAGGAAAGACACAAACAGUGGGGCGUGGAUUAUCUGACAGAGAAAGUUCACCUUCUUACUCCCAAGGCCAAUUGAGUGACACCACUUUGCAAAUUGCACUGGAGAAACACAAAGACCCAGAUUAAUUCAGUCCUUGUACCCAUUGAAGAGAUGUCAAUUUAUAAGACAUUUGUUGGAUACCAUUAGGGGAACCAAAAGCACUUUGGGUAAAAGGGGGUUGCUUUUUAUACAUGCUUGAUCACAUUCAUGGAUUUGUGUGAACUUGAAACCACUGAAAAGUAGAAUAAAACAUUUUUGUAUAAAUA